AUGGAAGGGCCGGGCACGGAGCAGCCGGGCACAGAACGGCCGGGCACAGACGGGCCGGGCACGGAGCGGCCGGGCACGGAACGGCCGGGCACAGACGGGCCGGGCAUGGAAGGGCCGGGCUGGGCCGCGGAGCCCAGCGGAGCGGCGGACGAUGGAGAGGGCGAGCCCCGCUGGCCCCCGCCCCCCGAGGAGGACACCGGCCACCCUGCAGAGCCGCGGUGUGAGACUGCCCUGGCCAGCCCGCAGCCGACCCCCACGGGCCUGCCCACCCUCCUGGCCUACAGACCCGAGUCCUCGCAGGCAAACAUUCACCAUGAGCAGGCAGAGGAGGAUGCUGAGCCAACGUGCGAGUACUGUGGUAACCUGCUGAGGCCGUUCCCCUUCUCCGAGGAUGCGCCUCUCUCCGAGGACCAGGAAGAGAGAUUCUGCUGCGAGCGCAGCCGAGAGCUCUAUGAGUUCAUCGUGAAGGAGAAGAAGAGGCUCGAGGAUGUCAGCAGCCUUCCCAGAACUGUCAGCACCCAUGAAUCCCUCGGCUCUGAAGCCAACCUGCUGCUGUCAAAGGAGCAAGACAACCAGAGGCAGCAGAAGAGACACCUGGCUAUAGAGCUGUCUGAGUCUUUAAGGCCGAGUGCCACUAAAGGUUCACGGCAAGCUGGAUCUAUUUCCUACGAGCCUUCCCAGGAACUCUCAUCUCCCGAAGGUGGGACACCAGUGCCUGCUGCGAAUGCAGCUGAGCCUGAGUCAGAGCCCGAGCCAGAGCCUGAGCCCCAGCCCGAGGAGAAACUGGAGCCCAAGACCCGGCCCAAGGAGGAGCCCGAGCCGGAGCCCCGGCCCAAGGAGGAGCCCGAGCUGGAGCUUCAGCCCGAGGAGCCCGAGCUGGAGCCCUGGCCCGAGAAGGAGCCCGAGCUGGAGCUUCGGCCCGAGGAGGAGCCCGAGUCAGAGCUUCGGCCCGAGGAGGAGCCCGAGUCAGAGCUUCGGCCCGAGGAGGAGCCUGAGCUGGAGAAGGAGCCUGGGCCUGAACCCGAGUCCAGUCCUGAAGAGAAGCCCAAGUGCAAGCUCAAGAAAGAGCAGGACAAGAAACCCACGUCCCGCGGCGUCCUCGGCUAUGACUUCAGUCUUCUGGGGAAGAAGGUGGGGAAGGGUAAAUUGGUGCAGAAGUACUACAAAAACGGAAAGAAAUUCCUUACCAUUCUCCCAGAUGGACCCUCGCAGUUAUUCUAUCCAUCUGGAAACCUGGCCAUCAUCAUUACACAGGCGAGAGACCAGCUGAUGUGCAUAGUACAGGAAGAUGAGCCAAGGACAACCAAAAUCCGAGCACUGUUUCAGUCUGAUGGCAGGAGCACAUGCUAUUACCCGACUGGAGAUGAGUGGAUAAAUAUGAGUAUCCAAGGUGGGCAGUAUUUGGACCAAGCAGGCAACCGGGUAAGAAAGUGGAUGUGGCCGAACUUGUCACCAGGACCCCAAGUCCCACUGAGCCCCAUUUUCAUCUCCCUGAACCGCCACGUGGGGGUCAGGAUCCUGGCCCAGGACAAGAUCUUCGUCUCCUUCCUUGCCAUGGGGCGACAAGCAAAAUUCAACAUGGGAACCAAAGUGCAGGUCAGCACCAGCAGCCAGCUGCCUCCUCCAGCCCAGCUGGGUGAGGAUGAGCUCCUGCUGCUUGCCUUCCGUGUGAGGAUCCUGCAGAUCUGCGACAGGAUGCGGGGAUGCAUCAACUUCCCUUCCAGUGAGCAGUGGAACAAAAUGCAGCCUCCUUUGUACCUCAUGACCCAGGCUGUGAAGAUCCUGGAGCUCUGCAUGGCUGCUGACAUAAGUGAUGAGCUGCACAGCUCCAUCAAGGCCAUAGUAAAUGCCCAGCAAUUCUGA